CUUGCGCUUGUAACACUCGUAAGCUCCUCGCGCUCGCGCAGCGCGGUGAUUUUAUUCAUUUAUUCAUUCGAAUGCGCGUUGCACACACGCGUCUUGCACGCCGCUUUGUUAUGUCCCAUCGUGCGCGCACGCGGUCAGCAAGUGUUUGCAAGCCGCUUCAAUUUCAUUUCAAUUAAGCAUCGCGAUCGCGUCGGGUCACAACGCGCAGAAUAAAAUUAAACUUUCAGUGAGCAGUGGUUUAAUAAAUCAAAAAUAUUAUAAUAUUAAUAUAAAAUAAAAUAAAUAAGCACAAUAAAAUGGUGCUUUCAAGAGCAACAAGUAAAAUUUUAUCUACAAAUAACUUCAAGGAAGUUAAAGUUUUAUUCAGUGAUGUGAAUUUAAUACAAAAUCAUCAAAAUCAACAUAGAAAUUACACAACAACAAAGACGAAAAUAAUCGUUCAGAAACCGAUUGUGGAGAUUGGUGGCGAUGAAAUGUCCAAAAUUAUUUUUGACAAAAUCAAACAGCGAUUGAUUAUUCCAUAUUUGAAUUUGGAGAGAGAUUAUUACGACUGUAGUUUAAUUAAUAGAAAUAAAACCAAUAAUGAAGUUGUCGUUGAAGCAACCGAAGCAAUUCUGAAACACAACGUCGGAAUAAAAUGCUCUACAAUUACACCCAACGAAGAGAAAUCAAAAGAAUACAAUUUAAAGAAAAUGUGGCCCAGCCCAAAUACGAUGAUCCGAAACGCUUUGAAUGGAACGCAAUUCCGCGAGCCGAUCAUUUGCAACAACAUCAACAAGUUCGUUAAUAAAUGGACGGACCCGAUAAUUAUCUGCCGACACACGUUCGGCGAUCAAUAUGCUGGCACAGAUAUUAAUAUUACCAAACCAGGAAAAGUUUCCAUUGUUUAUGAAACAACAGACGGUGAGGAAUACAAAUACGAAGUGCAUUCCUUCAAAGGCCCAGGCAUCGCGAUGUUAACCUUCAAUCACUACGAUAGUAUUAAGAAUUUCGCCGAGAGUUGUUUCCACACGGCGUUGGAGCGUAAAAUGCCGCUGUUCUUUGCGUCAAAGUAUACGCAUCUCAAAAAAUAUGAUACGAUGUUUUAUGAUGUUUUCCAGCAUUUAUAUGAGAGCAAGUAUAAAAGAUUGUUUGAUAAAGUCAAAUUGACUUAUGAACACAAGUUAAUUGAUGACAUGUGCGCAGCUGCGAUCAAAUCUCGUGGUGGUUUCGUCUGGGCAUUGAAGAGUUACGACGGUGAUGUUUUAAGUGAUAUUAUCGGUCAAGGGUUUGGAUCGAUGGCGAUGAUGAUGCACAGUUUGAAAUCGCAUGAUGGAAAGACAAUUUUAACUGAACCAGCUCAUGGUAGUAUUACUAAACAUUACAAACGGCAUCUUAAAGGUAAACAAACAUCAACAAAUCCGAUCUCGUCUAUAUUUGCGUGGACACGCGGUUUGCAGCAUCGCGCAAAAUUAGACUGCAACUAUGACUUGUUGGAAUUUACUGAGCUGUUGGAGCAAUGUUCUCUCAGAGCGAUCGAAGAAGGAAAUCUCACUAAGGAUCUGGCUCUCUGCGUUAAAGGACACAAUAUCAAGGAAAGUGAUUUUAUCACUACCAAUGAGUUUAUCGAUGUGAUUGCGGCCAAAGUCGAGAUGAAUAUUACGAAAGUUUUUCCAAGAGAGGUCGCACAGAAUGCAUAAGAAAAUAUAUUAAUAUUUUAAAAUUUAAUUAAGAAACAAGAC